AUGAUCUCUUUUUCGUCCAUCCACUUCGUCCAAGCCGCCCUCCUCCUCAUCCACAUAUAUUCAGCAGUAGCAGAACUCUCCGAAGACUUCUGCGAUCGCGCCGCUUACGGUCAACCCAAUUAUUCCACAUGCAUCGCCCUUCUAUACGGAAAUCCAACACAUCGCGGUGCAGGCAUCUACAACAUCGAUAGUGAUGAGCACGGCUUCUUUCUGCCAUACUUCGGCCACAGCGCUGAUUUCACUAUCAACCAAUGGAGGCAUCGAGUUACACUACCUGCGGUGUGGCAUAAUGACGGAUGCAAAAUCGCCCUAUUGGUCGAACCAGGCCCUAUGGGCGGAUUCACCACCGAUAGUGGAUCAUGGGCUGAGAUUGCGGAUAGGGGCAAAGCGCUGCUAGAUUAUUGUUUGUUGGGAAGGCGUGCACCGGCAAUCUGGGGUGGCGGUGUGGGACACGCAGGCACUCACGGUAGGCUCAAUAUCGUUAUCUACCAGCGGGGCUCUGUUUUUGAUCGUGCUAUCGCCGGUCGCACAGGACCCGGCGGUCUGGUCGGUGUCGACUGGAAUGAAACAACCGCCAAUUUGAGUGCCAGCGGCCGGAUUGGAAUUCUCAGCCACGCAUAA